GACGCUCAUGAAUUCAUGGCUUUACAUCUGUGUGUCAGGAAUACGGACAGUGUGCACUUCGGUUAGAACGUCACGGGAGAUUACUCCGCCGUUAACGGCUCCGCGUCAUGGAUGCUAACCCGGAAGUAUCUUAGCUCUCUCUGAGCUAGCAGGAGCUAGCUAGCUAACAGACACAGAGGACAGACAACACUUCCAGCCAUGACGGCCAUCAAGCACGCGCUCCAGAGGGACAUCUUCACGCCCAACGACGAGCGUCUCCUCGGCAUCGUCAACGUCUGCAAGGCGGGCAAGAAGAAGAAGAACUGCUUCCUGUGUGCGACGGUUACCAUGGAGAGACCCGUCCAGGUUAAAGUGGUGAAGGUGAAGAAGUCGGACAAAGGGGACUUUUACAAGCGGCAGCAGACGUGGGAGCUCCGGGAUCUGACGGAGGUGGACGCCAAAGACGCGAGCAAGGAAAACCCCGAGUUCGACCUCCACUUCGAGAAGGUGUACCGCUGGGUGGCCAGCAGCGCCGCCGAGAAGAACUCCUUCAUCUCCUGCAUCUGGAAGCUGAACCAGCGAUACCUGAGGAAGAAGGUGGAGUUUGUGAAUGUCAGUUCUCAGCUGCUGGAAGAGUCGGUGCCGAGCGGCGAGAGCCAGAGCGUCGCCGGGGGCGACGAGGACGCCCUGGACGACUACCAGGAGCUGAGCACCCGCGAGGAGCAGGACAUCGAGGGCAUGAUGGAGAUGUGCGAGUACGCCGUCUCCAACGCCGAGGGGUUCGCCGAGCAGCUCUCCAGGGAGCUGCAGGUCCUCGACGGGGCCAACAUCCAGUCCAUCAUGGCGUCUGAGAAGCAGGUGAACAUCCUGAUGCAGCUGCUGGACGAGGCGCUGGGCGAGGUGGACACCAUCGAGGGGAAGCUGAGCAGCUACGAGGAGAUGCUGCAGAGCGUCAAGGAGCAGAUGGACCAGAUCUCCCAGAGCAACCGGCACAUCCAGAUCAGCAACAGCAACAACGUCAAGCUGCUGGACGAGAUCCAGUUCCUCGUGAACUACAUGGACCUGUCGAAGGGGCACGUCAGAGCCCUGCAGGAAGGAGACCUGACCUCCCCCAAAGGCAUCGAGGCCUGCAUCAACGCCUCCGAAGCGCUCUCCCAGUGCAUGAACGUGGCCCUGAGACCCGGCCACGAGAAGCUGAUGGCCGUGACGCAGCAGCAGCUCCUGUUCGCCGAGCUGAGGGACACCUUCGCCCGCCGCCUCACCAACCACCUCAACAACGUGUUCGUCCACCAGGGCCACGACCAGAGCUCCACGCUGUCGCAGCACACGGCCGAGCUGAGCCUGCCCAAGCACAGCCCGCUGCACCGGGACCUGCUGCGCUACAGCAAGCUCAUGGAGUGGCUGAAGAACACCCACCGGGAGAAGUACGAGGGCCUGUCCAGGACCUACGUCGACUACAUGAGCCGACUUUACGAACGAGAGAUCAAAGACUUCUUCGAGGUGGCCAAGAUCAAGAUGGCGGGCACGGCCAAGGAGGCCAAGGGCAAGUUCGCCACGCUUCCGCGGAAAGAGAGUGCUCUCAAACAGGAAACGGAGAGCCUCCACGGCAGCUCUGGGAAGCUGACGGGCUCGACCUCCAGCCUGAACAAGCUCACCGUGCAGGGCUCCAACAGCCGGCGCUCCCAGUCGUCCUCGCUGCUGGACAUGGGCAACAUGUCGGCCUCCGACCUGGACGUGGCCGACCGGACCAAGUUUGACAAGAUCUUCGAGCAGGUCCUCAGCGAGCUGGAGCCGCUGUGUCUCGCCGAACAAGACUUCAUCAGCAAGUUCUUCAAGCUGCAGCAGCACCCGGCCGUCCUGCCCCCUCUCGCUCAGCCGGAGCCGGAGGAGUCGGACGGAGGCACGCCGUCGAGGAUUCCUCGGCAGGCCGAACACAGGCAGUCUCUGUCCUCCGAGAAAGACGUUGUGCGGCUGAUGAUGAACAAGAUCUUCCAGAGCAUCGAGACGGAGCUCAACAGCCUCAUCGCCCUGGGCGACAAGGUCGACAGCUUCAACUCCCUCUACAUGCUGGUGAAGAUGAGUCACCACGUGUGGACGGCGGAGAACGUCGACCCGGCCUCGUACCUCAGCACCACCCUGGGGAACGUGCUGGUCACCGUCAAGAGGAACUUCGACAAGUGCAUUUCGGCUCAGAUCAGACAGAUGGAGGAAGUGAAGAUCUCCAAGAAAAGCAAAGUCGGCAUCCUCCUCUUUGUCACCGGGUUCGAGGAGUUUGCCGAGCUCGCCGAGACGAUCUUCCGUAACGCCGAGCGCCGAGGGGACCUGGACAAGGCCUACGUCAAACUGAUCAGGGCCGUGUUCGUGAACGUGGAGAAGGUCGCCAACGAAAGCCAGAAGACGCCGCGGGACGUCGUGAUGAUGGAGAACUUCCACCACAUCUUCUCCACGCUGUCACGUCUGAAGAUCUCCUGCCUGGACGCGGAGCGGCGGGAGGCCAAGCACAAGUACACGGACCACCUGCAGUCCUACGUGAUCAACUCUCUGGGCCAGCCGCUGGAGAAACUCAACCAUUUCUUUGAAGGAGUCGAGGCCCGCGUGGCUCAGGGCGUCCGCGAGGAGGAGGUGAGCUACCAGCUGGCCUUCAACAAACAAGAGCUGCGCAAAGUCAUCAAGGAGUAUCCCGGCAAGGAGGUGAAGAAGGGACUGGACAACCUCUACAAGAAGGUGGACAAACAUCUGUGCGAAGAGGAAAGUCUGCUCCAGGUGGUGUGGCACUCCAUGCAGGACGAGUUCAUCCGCCAGUACAAGCACUUCGAGGACCUGAUCGGCAGGUGCUACCCGGGAUCUGGAAUCACCAUGGAGUUCACCAUCCAGGACAUGUUGGAGUACUUCUCCAGCAUCGCUCAGUCCCAUUAGUCUCGCUGCCGCUGUGUAAUUUUGCCCCAUUGAGUCCCUUCCUGCCUCAAAUUGUCCGAUGAUUCACUAGCUACUCACUAACCUGUAUCCUGUACUGUUUGUUUUUUUUUGUGUUUUUUUGGACGAUGAACAUUUCAUGUGUGUGUGUGUGUGUGUGUGUGUGUUUUAAUGAAAGGGAUUUGUACACUUGACUGUGUGUGUGUGUGUGUGUGUGUGUGUGUGUGUGUGUGCUUGUUUCUUUGAACAGUUCCGCCCUAAAUACUUAAUCGUUUGUUCUAUUUUCAUUUAUGCCACAUGUACAUAAUAAAUUUGCUGCUGCCGAUCCAUUUAA